AAUCUUAUCUUUUAUCAGUUUUGAACUAGUUCAGUCUCGUCGAUGCCGUCAGUUUUAUUGAAGUUUAUUAUAUUUAAGAGUCCGAGUGGGUGAGGUCGUCUUGGAUCGUGUCUCUUUCAAUUAUUGAUUUACUUUCAGCCGCAAAAUUGCAUUGUUUUUUUAUGAGAUUCCCCUACAUAAGUGCAAUAUAUGAUGGACAUAUAUUUUCAAACCAAGCAGUUAUAUUUCUUGGCAUUAACUUCGAUUUUAGUUUCGGUAUGUCUGAUAGACGUUAAUUGCGAGACAGGAGUGGACAACUUUUUUGGCAAGAACAAGGAGCUGAAAGAGGACGUGGACCGAUACCUGCAGGCAUUAGAGGUUUUUGAUAAAACUAACAGUAGCUUCGAAUCUUUGACGUCAUCUAUCAGACACCUCUUCAAGUACAUAGAUAUCCUUAAACAGGAUGAGUUGUGCUCUGUUCUAUUUGCGUACCCGAAACUGCGCCCCGAUAUCUUCCCGAUCGUGGAGGAAAGACGGACACGCCAAAAAGCCUUUCCGGUCGGUAAGUCUAUGGUUUGUAUCAGGAGGAAGGAUGAUUUUCUCUUCAUGAUCUUCGCUGCACGUGCUGGCAUAGACUGGAUGUUUAAGAACAUUAGAUUCGGGGAGGGUCAACUUUUUUAUAGAGGGAUCGAAGAUCCAAUCAAAGACUUGGUAGUGGUGCAGCUUAAUUGGCCGAGAAUAGCUAAGUUCAAGGGAAACAGAACACUAACCGCGGAAUUCCGUUGGGGCGCGCUUGAGGAUAAGAAGAACAUUGCAGUUUUGACACAAGAGUUCAACAACAGUGGUGAAACUAAAUACCUAAAAUAUUAUUCUCGGCCGAAAUAAAAGACCAUUCAAUUUUGUAAAUAAAGCCAUAAGCGGAUCCAGACACCUCGAAAGGGAGGCGUAUGGGGGGCCUGGGGGGGGGGGCACUCCAGAGGAUUUUCAAAAUUUUAAAGCAUCUAAUAUGCAGUCUGAUUCAAUUUUUUCAUGAAUAAAUAUACCAAAUAUACGCAUCCUUCCUCAUUCUUUUCUCCUCCGUUUCCUCCUUGUUUUUCUCUCUUCCCUUGUUCUUACUCUUUUUAUUCGGAUGAACGGGGGAGAGCUCAUGUCCCCUACGCCCCCCCCCCUUUGGAUCCGCCUUUGGAUAAAACACG